CCGAACUUUUUGAAUCCUCGUAAAAUCAAUUGGACCCGAAAGGCUUGUUGACAAUUGAAGGAAGCAUGUUGAGAGGUGUUGGAAGUGACAGCCACAGCCCCAAGUCCACACUGAGCUGCAGGCGCCAUGCUUCUCGAGCCAAUGCUGCCGUGGCAGCUGCUGGAUAUGGCGGUAGCACCAGCACCAGCAGCAGUUCAUUCCGCUCCCAGGUGGCUGGCUCUCCUCCUCCGACUCACAGGUUAGGCAUGCUGCAUGACAUGGGGCAGGAUGGCAAGGUGAUGAGCUUGACAACUGGUUUGGGAUCAGGAUCAGGACAGGCAGGUGGGAGUAGUUGUAGAUCUGGAGCAGCAUCAGUAUCAAGCAACAUGUUGUCCGCUCAUGGCUUACAUGGUGCUGGCAUGACCACCUGGACUCCUCGUCUGCUGCUACUAGGAGCUGUUGUUGCUGUCUUGGUGUACACAGUGGCAGCUUUCUUUGGUACUAAGGUCCACCAACACAAUUCCACUCUAGACCAGAUGAUUUUCAAGUCCAAUUCACCCAAGCAGGACAUUCAGUCCCCAGUGUCCAGGCUGGAAAAAGGACCAAGAAUGAGGGGAUCAGGUUUUGCAGGCCUGCGAAAAGUGGCUACAGGUGAAAGCGAUGUAGAAUUCUGGGACGAGGAAGAGGAAGAGGAAGAGGAGAAACAGGCAAGGGAUGCAGGAAAGAACCUGUUAGCGAAAGGAGAUAACCUGAGGGAAUCUGAGGACGAGGAGGACAAUCAUGCUCGUCCGAGGUUGGAACGUGGGGAGACUGAGAUAGCUGAAGCUGAGAAAGGCCAGUCCAAAGAAAGACAAUGGAGAGGAGGAACGAUGAAGGGCAAAUAUGAGCAAGUAACAGCAAAUGAUAACGCUGAAGCAAAAGGCAAAGACAAAGGGGGACUUGGACUUGCAGCAGCCACUGCCACUGAAGUUGAAGAUAUGGAGAACAAAGAAGAAGUAAGAGGGAAACAAUCCAAUACAGGGUUGCUGCAAACAAAGAAGGACAAUACAGCAGCUGCACAGGGUGGAAGUGGUAUCACAAGCAGCAACGGAGCGCAAAUGGAAGCAGCGGCAGUAGACAAAACACUAGCAGUCUCAUCUAACAAGGUGGAUCGACCAGUCAAAGAUGUGGAAAGCAAUGCUGUUGUCACUGAAGGACCCAGGAAUGAUGGUAAGAGAGAGACAGGGACAGGUGGGAGUGAUCAGGCAGAUGUGAAGGAUGACAUGGAAGAGGAGCAAGAAAAGCCCAAGGCUUCAAAAGCCAUUGGCCAGAAUGAUGAUGAAAGUGAUAAUCUAGAUGAGGGCAUUGGUGUCCUUAUGAAUGGGGGUGUCAUGGUUGAGGAUGAUGACGACGUUGUUGAUGGAAAUGGCAACAGUGAGAGAGGGGCCGGGGAAGACGGUGGUAGAGGGGAGGAGGGUAAUGAGGAGGAUAACGAGGAAGAGGAGGAGGAGGAGACAAAGAUUGAAAUCAAUAUGGCCAAGGAGACUGAUGUUAAGAAAGUUCCCACUGGAGGAAAAUCCAAACAAGAGGAUGAAAUUGACAGAAAAGCUGGGGAUAAUGACCAACCAGGUGGCCUAGAGGAUGACGACUCAGCAGAAAGAGAAAGCAAAAAACUGAAGGUGGCUGGUAGCCAUGACCAUAGUGGUGGUGAUGAUGGUGGUGGUAGUGAUGGUGAGGGCGGUACGCUUGAUGAUAGUGGCACACUGGAUGGUAGUUUAGUUCAUGCAUCUGGUGGUCAAGGAGCGGAGAAGAAGGGGUCCUUAGGAACAAUGGUUCAUGGCAACAAGGGGGUAGAAGACGCAGGUUGGCCAUUGUUGCAUGAGGAGAGUGGAAACCAUGACGGCCAAGAUGAACACAAUGAUGAUGGUGACGCCGAAGAUGACUAUCAUGGUGAUCAUCAUGGUGACAGGGGUAGAAAUGUUCAUGUCAAGAACGAUGAUGAUGGAAAUCGGGAAACUCACAGGAUGCAGGAAGAAGAGUGGCAGCUGCCUGCGACGGGGCCCGUGCGUUCGAAACGUCAGGGCAUGCACCUAGACAAUGAGCAGGAGGUUGCAAGUCCUGGAGAUUACGUGGAGAGUAGUCAAAGCAUUCUGAGAAAGAAUGAUAUGGGUGUUGGGCAAAGCAGUGAAGCUCAUGAGGACAGAUUGGGCCAGAGGAAGGAACCGCAGGAUCAUGGGCAAGAGAAGAAAGCUGGCAGCAGUUUGGGUGCAAAGGAGGGCAGCCAGAGUAUCAUAAGAACUGAUGAUGCGACUAUGACAUUCCAUGAUGAGGACCAGAGGGAGGAUGCGGUGGUGGUGGCUGUAGAGGAUGAAGACAUGCAUACAAUACAAUUGAACAGUAAGAAAGAUGCAUCAGAGAAUGGAUCAUCACUCGUGGUCGUGAAAGGAGCAGCCUCACAUGACCUCGGCAGCGGUGGCUUUGAAUCUGGAAUUGACCACGAAGAGAGCUCAGACUCGAAGAACGGCUCAGAUGUGGGGGCUAGUGUAGAACGGGACAUAGCCAAUGACAGAUGGAAGAAUGGAUCCAAGAAGGAGAAGGGGGCUGAGGUGGUGUCCAAGGAGAGUGGUCGAGGCAGAGGCAAGGAAUCAAGGAAAUAUGAUAUUUCGGACUCUUUGGCAUCUAGGAGAAAUGCCCGAGAAGAGCUCACAAUGGGUUCAGGAGAGGUGCUAAUACCAUCAGGCGACAGUCAGACGUACACUGAUGCAUCGAAUGAUCUCAAAAUUUCGCAAAUAAAUGCAAGCAACAAUAUCUCUGAGAGUGUGAAAGAGAUGAGGUACGAGACCAGAAACUUAGCAGCCAACGUUCCAGCGAUGGAGAGCGAUCCCUUCCCUGGCACAGCAGCUGAUGCUUCACACACAGAUAACCUGGUACUUGGGAAGGAGGCCCACGGUGCUGUACAUGCAGUGAAGAGGGAGGCAUCUGUGGGACUUCCUAAGCAAUUGGGACAGCAUGAACAAGAUGCUCCACAUGCUCAUAAAACUGUGGGGUUGAAGCAACAUAGACCGAAGAGCGAUCCGGGAAGUCCAGAGAAUACGAGUUCUAUUAGCAGGCCUAGCUUUGAUGUGACCGUGCAUUCUUAUGAAGCCCCGUCCUCCUCCUCCUCCUCCUCAGACGUUGGCAAAGGCCUACCACUGCCGAUAUUAUUCUCCAACAAUUCAUCAGUGACUGGAGGAAAUUGGCAGCCACACCUGACCAACAGGUCGGACUUCGAGAACAGUGCAGGCAGUGGCAGAGUGCCCCCACUGCCAGGGAAAGCAAAGAGGGUCCGCAUUUCAGCCAACUUGCCGGUAAACGUUACAGACCGGCGGUUAUCUGGGACAGGAGAGGAAUUGCCAGCAAGAAAAGGGAUUACGACGACGUCCAAGUCCUUGUCAGGUGUGAGGGAGACUGGGAGGGCCAGUGGCAAAGAGAACAAAUCGCAUGACGGAGAUAUCAUUGAAGAUCAUGCUGUCAAUAACAUCCUUCACCUGCCCAUAAUCGGUAGUUCUGAAGACAAGCGAGAUGAUACCAAUCAUCAGGGGGAGAGGAAGGGGGAGAGACCAAAGUAUGGAGGUGGGAUAUUUGGUUUGAAUACGAACGAAAUGGAAAGAGGAGAUGGCAAUUUCUUUCGGCAUUUUGAGGAAGGUGAGGAUGUGGACCACGAAGAAUGGGAAAUUGGACUUGCUGGUGGAGAUGGGAUGCCAGGGUGGGAGAAAGAGUUAAGGUUGAAGGCUGCUAUUCUUUCGAAGUGGCAACAUCAACCAGGUCAAACUCUAGUUAAUCAAAACCAGGCUCUGACUGAAUCCGAUAAAGAUUUAAUGUUUGCCGUUUUUUCUCCUCCAGACCCAAAUGCAACUCCACAUCCAGCUUCUCUUCACCCACGUGCAAAGCUUGAAGACAUGCGCCUUACCACGGGUCGCCCCUUUUCUCCACCUUUCAAUCGCGACAUCACGGAGUAUUACUUGACUCUUCCGCGAGGUGUUCCGCAUGUUAUACUUCUCUUAAGGCCAAUCGUUCGUGAGGCAAAAGUCUACGUGAAUGGAAGACCAGUUGAAGUCACAGGCGGGCCAGUUCAUGCAUUCCAGCCAAUCAAUCUGCCCCUCGGAAGACUCUCAAUGAUUGAGGUCAAGGUAUGGCUCUUCUCUACUUCCGCCUGAGAACAUCCGAGAAGACUUUUGGCUCUGCUUCACCUUGUGGACUGCUUAGUGUUGUUGCUACCUUGCAAAUUAUUUUAUUUUAUUUUUUAAAGACCAGCCUUCGCCUGGUAGGAGGGGUGAUGAGAGCAGCCCCUGCUACUAGGCCCACAGUGGACCUUGCAAAGUUGAUAAAAAGCUAUUCCCAAA